CAGUUAACCAAUGGCAGGAGCCGUUUCAUCGGCUGCAUAAGCAGCAAGAUCAAAAGUGAGCCUUUUCUGAUUGCUGCAUAGUGUCAAUUGGCCAAUCUCUUCUCCCAGGGAAAAAAAAAAGUAAAUCAAACCUUUGAGAAGCAUUUGCUGGUUGAAGUGCUUUCUGUCUAGUGAGAGGGUCUGUGGAUUUCUAGUUUAUGAUAAAUAGGACUUUAAAACCCAGGGACGGGAGGGUGAGCGCUCAGGUUCUAGAGCUAUGCAGCUGGAGCACUGCCUUUCUCCUUCUAUCAUGCUCUCCAAGAAAUUUCUCAAUGUGAGCAGCAGCUACCCACAUUCAGGCGGAUCUGAGCUUGUCCUGCACGAUCAUCCCAUUAUCUCGACCACUGACAACCUGGAGAGAAGUUCACCUUUGAAAAAAAUUACCAGGGGGAUGACGAAUCAGUCAGAUACAGACAAUUUUCCUGACUCCAAGGACUCACCAGGGGACGCCCAGAGAAGUAAACUCUCUCCUGUCUUGGACGGGGUCUCUGAGCUUCGUCACAGUUUCGAUGGCUCUGCUGCAGAUCGUUACCUCCUCUCUCAGUCCAGCCAGCCACAGUCUGCGGCCACUGCUCCCAGUGCCAUGUUUCCGUACCCCGGCCAGCACGGACCCGCUCACCCCGCCUUCUCCAUCGGCAGCCCUAGUCGCUACAUGGCCCACCACCCGGUCAUCACCAACGGAGCUUACAACAGCCUCCUGUCCAAUUCCUCGCCGCAGGGCUACCCCACGGCCGGCUACCCCUACCCACAGCAAUACGGCCACUCCUACCAAGGAGCCCCGUUUUACCAGUUUUCCUCCACGCAGCCAGGGUUGGUGCCCGGCAAGGCUCAGGUGUACCUGUGCAACAGGCCACUUUGGCUGAAAUUUCACCGGCAUCAGACCGAGAUGAUCAUCACCAAACAGGGAAGGCGCAUGUUUCCCUUUUUAAGUUUUAACAUUUCUGGUCUCGAUCCUACGGCUCAUUACAAUAUUUUUGUGGAUGUUAUUUUGGCGGAUCCCAAUCACUGGAGGUUUCAAGGAGGCAAAUGGGUUCCUUGUGGCAAAGCGGACACCAAUGUGCAAGGAAAUCGGGUCUAUAUGCAUCCGGAUUCCCCCAACACUGGGGCUCACUGGAUGCGACAAGAAAUCUCUUUUGGAAAAUUAAAACUUACCAACAACAAGGGAGCUUCAAACAACAAUGGGCAGAUGGUGGUUUUACAGUCCCUGCACAAGUACCAGCCCCGCCUGCACGUGGUGGAAGUGAAUGAAGAUGGCACAGAGGACACCAGCCAGCCCGGCCGCGUGCAGACGUUCACUUUCCCGGAGACUCAAUUCAUUGCCGUCACAGCCUACCAGAACACUGAUAUCACACAGCUGAAAAUAGAUCACAACCCCUUUGCGAAAGGAUUUCGAGAUAAUUAUGACACGAUCUACACUGGCUGCGACAUGGACCGCUUGACCCCUUCGCCCAACGACUCUCCGCGCUCGCAGAUCGUGCCCGGCGCCCGCUACGCCAUGGCCGGCUCUUUCCUGCAGGACCAGUUCGUAAGCAACUACGCCAAGGCCCGCUUCCACCCGGGUGCAGGCGCGGGGCCCGGGCCGGGGACAGACCGCAGCGUGCCUCACACCAACGGGCUGCUGUCCCCGCAGCAGGCCGAGGACCCGGGAGCGCCUUCGCCGCAGCGCUGGUUCGUGACGCCGGCCAACAACCGGCUGGACUUCGCGGCCUCGGCCUACGACACGGCCACGGACUUCGCGGGCAACGCGGCCACGCUGCUGUCGUACGCGGCGGCCGGCGUGAAGGCGCUGCCGCUGCAGGCGGCGGGCUGCACCGGCCGCCCGCUCGGCUACUACGCCGACCCGUCGGGCUGGGGCGCGCGCAGCCCCCCGCAGUACUGCGGCGCCAAGUCCGGCUCCGUGCUGCCCUGCUGGCCCAACAGCGCGGCCGCCGCGCGCAUGGCGGGCGCCAACCCCUACCUGGGAGAGGAGGCCGAGGGCCUGGCGGCCGAGCGCUCGCCGCUGGCGCCCGGAGCCGCGGAGGACGCCAAGCCCAAGGACCUGUCCGACUCCAGCUGGAUCGAGACGCCCUCCUCCAUCAAGUCCAUCGACUCGAGCGACUCGGGGAUUUACGAGCAGGCCAAGCGGAGGCGGAUCUCGCCGGCAGACACGCCGGUGUCCGAGAGCUCGUCCCCACUCAAGAGCGAGGUGCUGGCCCAGCGGGACUGCGAGAAGAACUGCGCCAAGGACAUAGGCGGCUACUACGGCUUCUACUCUCACAGCUAGGCCUCCCCGACCCGCCCCGGGCCCGGCCUGCCCCUCAGCGCUCGGCCCCACGUCCUCCUCCCCAGGCCCGCUCUUGCGCACUCUCUCGUUCCUUUGACCCUUGGUGAUCGUCUGCGGGGAUAAGUGCAGGUCUCCCACUAUGAUCUUAACUUUUUUGUUUUCUUUCUUCUUUCUGCACAGCCAUCUCUGCAGUUAGCGCACCGACCUUCAAGUUUGCAUAACCCUUCCCAACUUUCCUUCUGGGAGGUUAUCCUCCCCGUCUUUUUUUCUCACCUUCUUCUCCCUUCUCUUGGAAUGAAACUCUUCAACUUUAGGAGACCUGGGCAGUCCUGUCAGGCCGCAGCGAUCCCGACCCGCCUUGUCUCGGCCUCCCCAUUAACCAUAGGAUGUUGACUCUAGAACCUGAACCCACCCAGCGCGUCCUUUCUUAUCCUGGAGUGGAUGGAUGGAUGGAUGGAUGGUAGGGAUGUUAAUAAUUUUAGUGGAACAAAGCCUGUGAAAUGAUUGUAUAUAGUGUUAAUUUAUUGUAACGAAUGGCUAGUUUUUAUUCUCAUUGUCAAGGCACAAAACCAGUUCAUGCUUAACCUUUUUAUUCCUUUCCUUUUUUUCUUUUGCUUUCCCUUUUCUCUUUUCAUUCUAUAUAUCUUCUCUGUUUUUUUGGUGGACUAUUAAAGAAUUUCUAAGAGGCUCUGGAAACGUGAAAUACUCCAUGGAUGGCUUUCUCACUUCUCAGUUCGUUGCAUGAUAUAACCACGAUGUGCCCUAAUGCACACAAAACAGCUAAGGAGAAUCCACCUAAACAUCUGUAAAAGAUAGUUGUCGUCUGUUCAUAGGCAAGUUGCUUAAGUGGCACGAUGCUUGCAAAGCAGAGUUAACUGGAGUUGUGUUUUCCUCCCUUUUAAAUAGAAUAGCUAGACAUCAGCAAUAUUAUUUUGCCUUAUUUGUUUUUCCCCGAAGUGCCAAAUCCAUUACUGGUCUGUGCAGGUGCCAAAUAUGCUGACAAACUGUUUCUGAAUAUCUUUUCAGCCCCCCCCUUUAUAUGCUGUAAAUCUUUGUAAUGAAUACUCUACUAAUGAUAUAGAUGACUGAAUUGUUGGUAACUAUAGUGUAGUCUAGUGAAGAUGAAUUGUGUGAGUUGUAUAUUUUCCUGCAUUUUAGUUUUGAAAAUAAUUUACCUCCCACCACUUAGAGACAGCUGAAAUUUGACUUUCUUGGGAAAACACUAGCAUUAUUGCAAGUAAGACUGAUUCCCUGCCCCCCAAGUCUUGUUAUAUUUGAUGAGCAUUAAUCCUCCUGGAAAUAGAUUAGUAGGAUUUCUAAUGUUGUGUAGCAAACCUAUACUUUUGUACUUUAAAAUUAACGUGAAAUAUGCAUCAUACACAAUAUUCAAUCUAGAUUCCAGUCCAUGGGGGGAUUUUUCCUAAUAGGAAUUCAGGGUCUAAACGUGUGUAUACUUUGGCUCUUCUGUAAAUCAAAUGUUGUGAUUUUUAUAUUUGUUUCGUUUUGUCUGUGAACUGAAUAAUUUAUACAAGUACACACUCCAUUGAGAAACGUUUUGUUUUUUGCUCGUUUGUAUCGUCUGUGUAUAACAAGUAAAAUAAACCUGGUAAAACGCUAA